AUGAAUCCUAUUUGUUUUGAUGGCAACAAACAAGACGGUGAAGUGAAAUCGGCCGGAGGAAUUCUUACUUCGGAUGUUUCUGAUAUGGAAGAUGAGUUUGGAGAGCCAGAAGUGGAACCUCGUGUUGGAGAAGAGUACCAGGCAGAACUUCCUCCGUAUAUUGGGGCAGUGUACCGGUCUCAGAUUGUAAAGAAAACAGGAGAUUCGGAAAUUGCGGUCAAUAUACCAGAGUCUUUUUCUCUAGGAUUACCACUUCCUCUAAUGUGGACACAUUGUGAAUUCGACAGAAGUUGCGGUUUAGAGAGUUUAGAAUCUGGCACAGGUCGAAAGGGGCGUGUUAUUUGUGAAGGGAAAAAUGUAGGAGGGUUUUCGAAUUUUAAAUCCUCUUGUAGAAAUGGUGAGGCAGAUAUUGGCUCGGAACUGAGACCCGAACUAGACCCGCCAAGAGGCAGAUAUCUUGUUCCUGAAUUGUUGUGUAGUCAGACUUGGACUGAUAUUGAAUAUAACAGUUUUCUUCUUGGCCUCUAUGCAUUUGGGAAGAACCUUAUUUUUUUGAAGAAAUUUGUUGGGACUAAAAGUAUGGGAGACAUAUUGUUUUUUUAUUACGGUAAAUUUUAUAAGUCUAAAGGAUAUACCCGAUGGGCACAAUGCCGAAAGUCGAAAACUAGGCGAUGUAUAUUUGGACAGAAAAUAUUCACUGGUUGGAGGCAACAAGAAUUGCUAUCAAGACUGUUUUCCCAUGUUGCAAAGGACUGUCAAACUACUUUGACUGAGAUUUCGAAGAAUUUUGUGGAGGGAAAGAUGCCAUUUGAAGAAUACGUAUUUGCUCUAAAGAAUGCUGUUGGCAUUGAGGUCCUUAUAGUUGCAGUAGGUAUUGGCAAAGGGAAGCAUGACCUUACUGGCACCGCUCUUGAGCCUCCAAAGAUCAAUCACACCCUUCCUGUCCGCCAUGAAAUACCAGCCGGAAAAGCUUGCUCCUCUCUUACAUCUGCAGAUAUAAUGAAGAUCCUAACAGGAGAUUUUAGAUUAAGUAAAGCUCGAUCUAGUGAUCUUUUCUGGGAAGCUGUUUGGCCUCGUCUUUUAGCAAACGGUUGGCAUUCUGAAGAGCCAAAGGAUAAUUUUGUUACCGGAACAAAACAAACUUUGGUUUUUCUUGUACCUGGUAUUAAGAAAUUUUCAAGAAGGAAACUGGCCAAAGGUAACCAAUACUUCGACUCUAUAAGUGAUGUACUGAAUAAAGUGACAUCUGACCCUAGGCUUCUUGAGACUGAAGUUCAAACAACCGACGGUAGUGCUGAUCAGGUAAACAUGCAAAAUAAUCAAAACCAAGAUGGUGUGUCAAAUACACAUCAAUAUCCUUUGUUUCAAUCUCCCAGUUCAAAGUGCAAACCGGAUCUCGUGAAGUUUACAAUUGUGGAUACCAGCAUGGUUCAUGAUACCGAUCAACAUAAAGUGAGACAAAUGAAAAGCUUACCUUUUCAACCUGGGAAUAUAUCUACCAUUUCAAGCUGCAGUUCUAGUGAAUCUGAGACAACUACAUCUGAAGACUCGGAAGAUCAGAUUGAGCAAGCUAAUGCUUCAAGUCCUAUUGUAGAUCGGGUAGAACAAGCUAAUCCUUCACAGCAUGCUGAAAAUCAGGUUGAACCUGCUAAUUCUACAUACCAUGUUAAAGAUCAGGUUGAGAAAAACAAUUCCUCGUACCAUAUUGAAGAUCAAGUUGAACAUGCUAAUUUUUCGUACCGUAUUGAAGAUCGGGUUGAACAUACUAAUUCUUUGUACCGUGUUGAAGAUCAGGUUGAGCAAGCUAAUGCUUCAAACUCUAUUGAUUGUCAGGCUGAACAUACUAAUUCUUCGUACCGUGUGGAAGAUCAGGUUGAGCAAGCUAAUGCUUCUAACCCUAUUGAAGGUCAGGCUGAACAUACUAAUUCUUCGUACCGUGUGGAAGAUCAGGUUGAGCAAGCUAAUGCUUCAAACCCUAUUGAAGGUCAGGUUGAGCAAGCUAAUGCUUCAAACCCUAUUGAAGGUCAGGUUGAACAUACUAAUUCUUCAUACCACAUUGAACGUGCUAAUUCCUACAACCGUGUUGAAGAAAUCUCAGAUAAGGGGAAGCGCCCAGACUUAUCUAGUCAUACUCGUAAUUUUGAUCUGAAUGAUGAUGAGCCUACAAAGGAGAUGAACGAGCAGCCAUUGGUUGAAAAGAUGACAUCUGAUGAUUGCGGAAAAUAUUUUUCCUGCACCACAAAAAUGCAGGAGUUAAGAGCUUGUAACCAUGGAGAAUCUAGCCAUAGUGCUAAAAAAACUUCUAUGAACAGAAAUUUUGAUUUAAAUGAGCCAUUCUCAUCGUCAGACCCACUUGAAGCAUCUGAGGGCAUGGAUAUGUCGGUAGAUUUAGAAACUUUGUCUUGCCCAAGUUAUCCGGCUAAAGGCAACAAUAUGAACAAUGAAGGAAGUGUAACUGAGAACCUCCAGGUUGGAGAAGUUUCUGCGAAAAAUUCUGAAAACAGGAUGUUGAUUGACUUGAAUUUUCCUGAAGUUGCACCUGACUUAACACUUGAAUUGGAAAUACCAUCCUCUAAGGCAAUACCGCAAAACGAUGAUCAACGUGCUCAAACAUUGUCACCAUCAUCAUCUGAGACAACCCAGCACAACACAACAGAUGAGAUUCCUGAUUUAAAUAAGGAGCACCAACCAAUCAUUGUUAACCGCCGUCAAAGUACAAGGAACCGACCGUUAACCACUAAGGCAUUGGAAGCUCUUGAGUACGGAUUUCUCAACUCAAAGAGGAAGAGGAAGAACUCAGAACCUUCAGACAACUCAAAGUCGCAAUGUUUACGUCCAAGUAACGAGACAAUUAUCAGUUCUACUUGUGAUGAUAACAUUGAGAAUUCUAUGGCUGACACAAGUGAAAAGGAGGAGAAUGUCAUCCAGGAAUAUAGUUUCAUUGUUUAA